AUGGCUAGUUCUGAAGGUUUUCCAGCUGUUGAUGCCCAAAAGGAACUAAAUCCAGGCAUCGACAAAGAUUUUCAGGUCGAUUCUGUAUCGUCAAACGUUGCAGCCACAAAAGAGAUUGAGGAUCAAAUUAACGAGGCGAAAAAAUUGGAUGAACGGAAAAGGAAGGAAGCCGUGCAGAGUUUUAAAACGGCCCUUAUCGUGUCGGGAAUUGUUGUGGCUGUGGCUGGUGCAGUUUUUGCCAUUGCUAGGAAAAUGAGAGAGAGAAAUGAUGCUUAA